AUGCCAAAGGCCACCCAAGGGAACGAAGAUGAUAAGGAAGAGGGUUUCAAUCUAGCUGACAUAGCUGACCUGGAGGCUCAGCGCGACAGGUGGAAUACCUUGGCAGUAGUGGGGGAAGGAGGUUCCGAGGAAGAGUCGGCGCAAACAGCCGCGGAAGAUGAUGGACAGCUCGAAAGUCCCAGGCUACCCAUGGAGCAGGGAAAAGAAGUCCAAGCAGCCAAAAACAUGAAAGCUGACACGGUCACCACAAAGGCUGCGCCAUUAGACCAAACAAGCCAGCUAAAAGCAAACACUAAAGAACCAACUUCACAACAACAGCAACAAGGACGAACACUCACGGAACCACCAAAUCCGGGAACAAAUCUUAUUCCGGGUGCCUACGCAAUGGCACCUACCGGUACUGGUAGCACCAAUGGCGAGGAAAACGACCUUCCAACAGAAGCCGAUAAUGCAACAGCUCCAGGUCUCGAUGAUAAUGGCUUGGCUGUGGCCAAUCCAGUAGAGGAAGCUCUUCCUCACCACCAACUACCCCAAGCCCACAAUCUUGAUGCUGCGCAACAAGCAGCACGGAGACGGCAGCAAGAGACCAAGGAAUUCAAGAUUCUUGUGCUUUUUGGAACCUUACUCCUUAUUGCCACCAUUGUGAUCACACUGACUGUUCUAGUCCAGAGAAAGGAACCAAUGGCGCUUUCACUGCAAGUGCCAACACCGAGCCCUUCGACUGCGGUCAACUCCACUGCUGAAGCCGGUUUACGCUUUUCCUUCUUGGAGGAGGAUCCAGACACUCUUCAAGCUCUCCAGAAUCCAGGAUCACCUCAAUCCCGAGCAUACCAAUGGCUUUUGGAUGAUGUACUAGCAAAUCUGACUUCCUAUUCAGAGGACCGGAUCAAACAAAGAUUUGCUCUUGCCACCUUUUUCUACAGCACCAAUGGACACAACUGGACCUCUCAAAUCAGAUUGCUCAGCAAUCCCAAGAAUGGGACUAGUCCAAGCCCAGAUGACUACUUUCGUCCAGAAGAAAGCUUGGCAUGGUAUGGAACUGCACCAGCCAACAAGUCCACGCCAAGUUCUGCGCCCCAAGGAGCCCAACAGCAGGCCCAUCCGUAUGAACCAUGGCUGAGUUCUCAUCAUGAGUGUAGUUGGUGGUCACUAGCACACAUCAAUGGGUUCUCCACCUGCAGAAGUAAUGACUCCGCUUACGUGUCCCUUGACUUGGAAGGGAACAAUUUAGCAGGUCAGCUGCCACCAGAGCUUGGUCUACUAACAACAUUGGAGGGUAUCCAUCUGGGAGGUAUUGAUCUGAGAGGACGUGACAGUCCAUUGAAUGGGACCAUUUUCUCUCAAAUUGGGCAACUGACCAAUCUGAGAGAGUUGGAUUUGGGACUCGCACACUUCUCAGGGACACUGCCAACCGAGUUGGCCCUGCUCUCAAAUUCAUUGCAGUACUUGGCCGUUAUGAGAAAUCAGCUCUCAGGAAGCUUUCCAAGCCAACUACUGGCUCUGUCCAAGCUAGAACAGCUCAAGAUGGGAUACAACAAGUUCGAGGGAACCAUACCAGGGAAUAUUGGCACUAAGCUUUCCAAUCUCCAUGUAUUCACCACCCCAGGCAACAACCUACAUGGUACAAUUCUAUCCUCCCUGAUGCAAUGUUCCAAUUUAACCUUUAUUGAUGUUGCUGAGAACCAGUUCAUGGAAGAGCUGCCCUCGGAGCUGGGUACUUUGACGCACCUAACACGGCUCUUCCUUCCCAACAAUCGAUUUCACGGAGCCAUCCCGUCGGAGCUAGCAUUGCUUCCCAAGCUGGCCAAACUGAACCUCCACAACAAUGCAGACCUUACGGGGUCACUUCCUUCAGAGUUUUCAACUCUAAACAGCAGUUUGUCUGUAUUGCAAAUCCAAGGGACACGAGUCACUGGGACAAUCCCAGAUGCUCUGUGCAGCAUCAACAAGCUCAAAUUUGAUUGUUCAGAAACUCUUUGUGGUUGUGACUGUCCCUGUUGAGCAUAGCCUCUGGCUCACACUUGAGUGAUAACUAUUUCUCAGGAUUGAUUCCAACAUAAAGCUUGGACUCUUGACAGGUCUGCAAGAGCUGCAUCUCAGGGACAACUCAUUAUCCAGCACCAUCCACCAUGAGCUAUCCUCAGAGUCUACCCACACAAUAUCUCUGGGUGGGAAUCCUCUGCUCACUGCAUGGGUCUGUCCCUGGGAAUCUCUGUACCUUCAAUGGCAAUUGUGUAGGAAGCUUUGUGAAAGCAUCCACAGGGCUGUUUGGUUUGUCUUUUGACUGCGCAGAGAUGCGGUGUGGUUGUGGGUGCUCUUGUGUGGAUUUGAUUCUUCCAAGGGACAGUAGCCAGCUCUAGAGGUAGUGAGUACCCUUCAUGGGUGUGUUCCCGCUCCCAACUAUUUGCGCAUGGAACACAGCUCUCCUUCCAGUUCCUCUGUACCUGCAGUCUAAAGG